CCCACGAGCACUCAGUCAUCACAUCGCUCUCAACUUUUCGGCUCUUGUUCUCUUUCGACGUUAAACCCUGGCCAUAUUCUAUUCCACUAGCUGAACUCGGCCUAUCAGCUCUCCCAAGCAUGCCGCCAGAUCCUCAGAUUUUCAAGGCUACAUACAGUGGAAUCCCCGUAUACGAGAUGAUGUGUAAAGGGGUAGCUGUGAUGCGUAGACGGUCUGAUGCGUGGUUGAACGCGACGCAGAUACUAAAAGUCGCCGGGUUUGAUAAACCUCAACGGACGCGUGUGUUGGAGAGGGAAGUACAAAAGGGUGAGCACGAAAAGGUGCAGGGUGGGUAUGGAAAAUACCAAGGUACCUGGAUUCCUCUAGAACGAGGAUUCUCCUUAGCCAAACAAUACAACUGCGAUACUCUACUUCGACCCCUCAUCGACUUCCAACCAGCUGCGAAAAGCCCUCCUCUAGCACCAAAACACCUUGUCUCCGCCACCGCCCCGCGUCCCGCACGGCGAACAGCCACCGGUGAUGGACCUGGUGGUUCGGUCGUUAAUACGCGUUCGUCUCGUCGUCAAGCUCAUCAGGAAGUCGACCAGGCUUCGGAGGGACAGGAAACCUUGUCUGUCGUUGGGACAGAAGAUGGAUCAAUGACGCCGUCACCAUCAGAAGCGUCGUCCAGCUCACGUACCCCCUCCCCGAUAAAUAGCCCUGGUCCCUAUAGCUUGAACACGGUUGGUUCUUCACGACAAAGGAGAAAGUCGAUCGAUGAUCGUUAUAACGAGUAUGAGGAUGAAGUACCGGAUGGUGGCAUCAACGAUGCUCGUGCAUACGGGGACCAAAUUCUCGAGUACUUCAUCUCUGACACGAAUCAAGUUCCAGCGAUACUCAUUAAUCCUCCUAUCGAUUUUGACCCGAAUAUGGCCAUUGACGAUGACGGUCACACAUCUUUACAUUGGGCAUGUGCAAUGGGACGGCUCCGUAUCGUGAAACUUUUACUUACUGCCGGAGCGGACAUUUUCAAAGUCAACAAGGCCGGGCAGACACCGCUCAUGCGCAGUGUAAUGUUCGCUAACAACUAUGAUGUUCGGAAGUUCCCGGAGUUAUACGAAUUGUUGCAUCGGUCUACACUCAACAUCGAUAACUACAACCGGACGGUAUUCCAUCACGUCGUGGACGUUGCGAUGUCUAAAGGAAAAACCCAUGCGGCGCGGUAUUAUAUGGAGACUAUCCUCACCCGACUAGCUGAGUAUCCCAAGGAAUUGGCGGAUGUGAUCAAUUUCCAGGACGAAGAUGGCGAAACGGCGUUGACGAUGGCGGCAAGGUGUCGGAGUAAGAGGCUGGUGAAACUCCUUAUUGACCAUGGGGCGGAUCCCAAGAUUGUAAACAACGAUGGGAAAAGCACAGAAGACUAUAUCCUUGAAGACGAACGAUUCCGGUCUUCGCCUGUUCCUCCUUCCCGAGCAAUGACUAUGUCUUUCCGGAACGCGCAGGUCGCUUUUCUUCCACCUAAUGCACCCCCCAACUAUUCAUUCGGGCCAUCGAAUGGCGAUCGUCCGCCUCUUCACCAUUCCGUCGCCGGACAGCGAGCAAGUACACGGUGUGUGAACGAUAUGACGAGCAUGCUCGAUAGUCUCGCUGCCUCUUUCGAUCAAGAACUCCGAGAUAAAGAACGAGACACCACGCAAGCCCAUGCCUUACUCAGCAAUAUCCAAGGUGAGAUUUUGGAGAGCCAACGCGCUGUAGGGCAGUUACAACGCGUGGCGGAAGGAAUGGGGCAUACAAAGCAGAGUUUGAGUGCGUUGGAGAAGGAGUUAAAUGACAGGAUGUGUAGGCGGUACAGGAUGGGCUGUGAGAAGUGGGUAAAGGAUGAGGAAGGGAGGGAAAUAAGGAUAAGGGAUGCAUCCGGGGGUGUUUUAGAGUUGACACCCGGCACAGCUACGUUCAUCAUUAAUGGUGGGCCUUCUAGCGAAGACCCUCUGUUGAAUAAUGAUGACGGGACCGCGUCCAAGCGCCAAGUUGGUAUACAGAUAGACGAAACUGUCUCCGACCUUCUUGUGUUACACGACAACAUUCCCACAGACCCUGAGGCCCUAAAACGCGCCUGCGACGGCUUAAGAGAGGAGCUUGGGGCGCAUAGAAAGAGGAGAAAAGUGAUUUUUGAUGAAUUGGUGGAGUUUCAAGCUGAGGCAGGGACGAAGGGGAGGAUGAAGGAUUAUAGAAGGUUGAUAGGGGCUGGGUGUGGGGGAAUACCUCCGUCGGAGGUGGAUGGAGUUCUGGGGAUGCUUCUUGAGACGCUGGAGUCGGAAGAGCCGUCUGGUAAAUCUAACACAUCCCGAGGCUAGGACUCUCUAUGCCUAGACAGACAGGUAGUACAUGAUUUGGUGGGCAAAGGCGAAUGGAGAGAAAUACUAGAAUAAGUAGUAAGUUAUUGACCUCUUUUCUUUUGAAUGUUUUGAAAUGCAAAGUCGAACUUUCCAAAUUUUGUUGGGUCGUGUUGUACUAAAAUUUCUAUUCGGCAAAUGUACUGGCUCUCUGUAUGUGGAUAAAAAUAAAUGAUGUUUUUGAACGGUUC